AAUAGGUAAUAAGUCCUCAACACUUUUGCACUAAACAUUUAUGAAUCUAUUGCUGUUAUUGGUGAUAUGAAUUAAUGGAUCGUAUUCCAUAAUCCACGGAGACUUGGUGUGGUUUUCGCACAGUACGUACGCGUCUAUCAUACGCACAUAGACAAUGAAGGGACUCAAUUUCGCAUCGGCGUGGGCGAGGUCGAGACCGAGUACGAAGGCGAUCCCCUGGACCUGUGAGAGAUGUAUUCAGGGAGAAAGGAAGACGUCUUGGGUGCAGAAUGCGGCGUUCUCGACGGGGAAGAGGGAAGGCUAUGGCUAUGGAAAUGGAAAUGGAAAUGGUUAUCAGCAGAGUCGAAGGGGAAAUAAGGUUAUCAUGGCUUCUGCUGUGGGAGGCAUUGCUGCAACCGGACUUGCUUUCACGGAUGAUAUUAGGCAUGCCUAUGAAGGGGUUGAGAGGACGGGGAGAGUGGUCAGUACGCUCUUUGUUUGUAUAAAUGAGUGAGUGAUUUUCUGGUAUUGUGUAAAGUUGUUCGGGACAAGUGGCUAAUUCGAGGUGCGACAGUUAUCGAGUUACGUUGAACCAUAAUGAGAAGAUUGAGGACGAGGCGGAGAAAGAUAGAAUGUUGAAAGAUUGUCAUCAGAGAUGUGCGGACCGGACAUUGAGAGUGUUGGAGAAGAAUGGGAGCAUAUUCAUUAAGCUAGGGCAACAUUUGGUAUGGUAUUAUUGACUAGGUGUAUUUGCAAUGGCUAAUUGGUUUUCGCAGAGUGCUAUGAAUUACCUUCUGCCUUUAGAAUGGACAACGACGUUUAUACCUUUGCAGGACAAAUGUCCUGUUUCAUCAAUGGAGUCGAUAGAGAAUAUGUUUAAGAUGGAUACAGGCGAACAACUUUCGGAUCACUUCUCAGAAUUUGCACCUCAACCGAUAGGGGCAGCAUCGCUGGCACAGGUACAUCUGGCAACUGUCAAGGAAACAGGACAAAAGGUUGCUGUUAAGGUGCAACAUCCAAAUUUGGCGGAAUGGGCAGCUCUUGAUCUAGCAUUAACUAGUUUUACAUUUUCGACACUGAAGAAAUUUUUCCCAGAAUAUGAUCUAGAAUGGUUGUCGUCGGAAAUGGAAAUUUCUUUGCCAAUCGAACUGGACUUUACUGAGGAAGGGAAAAAUGCUUUGCGGGCAAAAGAUUACUUUUCACGGAUACCGGAAUUACCGUUGAUUAUACCUGAUGUUUUAUGGGCAAAGAAACGCAUAUUAGUUAUGGAGAAUGUAGCCGGACAUCGUCUAGAUGACCUCGAAUUUCUCGAUUCUAAUGGCAUUGAUCGUGACGAGGUCUCUGCUGCUCUCGCUCACAUUUUCAACGAGAUGAUCUUCGGAAAGGAUGCCCCUCUACACUGCGAUCCACAUGGAGGUAAUCUCGCUAUUCGCAAAAAUGACGAUCGACGUGGCGCCAAUUUCGAUGUAAUCCUCUACGAUCACGGCCUCUACCGCGAUAUUCCUCUCGGACUUCGACGCUCAUAUGCAAAGCUCUGGCUGGCAGUAAUUGAUGCUAAUGAACCCCGCAUGCGCAAGUACGCUAAAGAGGUAGCUGGUAUAACAGAUGAACAAUUUCCCCUAUUCGCCUCGGCUAUAACGGGCCGCGAUUACACCAUUCUGACGAAAGAUGUAGCUCUUCAGCGAUCGGAGGAAGAGAAGAAACAUAUUAAUGAAGCGUUGGGUGAAGGGAUGCUUCAACAACUUGUACAAAUGCUAGGACAGGUUCCGAGAAUUAUUCUGUUAAUAUUGAAGACAAAUGACUUGACGAGGAGUUUGGACGAGAAUUUACAUACGCGACAGGGACCUGUGAGAACAUUCUUGAUUCUGGCUCGAUAUUGCUCGAGAACGGUAUUUCAGGAACAGAUGGAGGAUAUUAGAGCGAGAGGCAGUCUUUUGUGGCCAGCCAAUGGUUUCAGGUUGCUGGUGGCAUGGUUGGGGUAUGCGAGGGUGGAGUUAAAGCUAGAGGCUUUUGAGGUUUGGUUGAGAGUUAAAAGGUUAAUGGGUAAAGCGUAAGGGUAACAGUGGUAGGAAAUCGUCGUUUAUACAGGCUAGGAGUGGUUAAAACGGGUGGAUCUUCGUGCUGGUUGGUUGGUUGAUUGAUGCGUACAUAAGGUCUGAAAAAAGAGGAAAUAUCCGACUUUGGACUUUGGACUGUUGUGCUCGGAAUGGUGGUUUGGCUUCACUUUAGCGUGCAUGAAUAAAUAGCAUUAUAAAUAAGGUUAUAUAGAUCAUAGAAGAAAGAGGAGAGGUUGAAGAUAAAUAUAUAG